AGUUCUGAAACCAAAACCAAAAGGAUCCAAAGAGUGGGAGCUGCAAACUAAAUUUCACGUUAUUCUCACUCCCUCCCAAACCUCGUACGCCGUACCGUGUUUCCUCGUCCGACCAACAAACCGCACCCUUUCUGCGAUUCUGCAGCAGCAGCGACGCACACAUGCCACAACCAAAGGACCUUCCAGGGUUUUACUAUGACUCUGAGAAGAGCAGGUAUUUCCCCAUCAAAGGCCCUAUUCCUGGUUCUUCUUCCAAGCCUAUGACCCCUGCUCUUAACUCACCCCAAACCUCCUCCAACCAGGAAAGUGGUGGGAGUUGUUGUAGGAAGCUUAGAAACAGAACCCCGUCUAAGCUGCUUCGGGCUAGGGAGUUGGAUGGUCACUGUGCCAUUGCCUCUCGCUAUUGCAGAAGUAACUUCACCGAGGAAUUCCGGAAGAUGCAAGCAUCUAGACCUGUGAUCUGGAAGUAUCGGGGAACUGAUGGGAUGCGUAUUACUGCUUUGGAACACUUGCGCGUUGAUGUGCAGACGUCGGCAGGGAAAACUGAAACUGAUGUUUUGUUGACGGGCAGCACAAAUGGCUCGAUGAGUUUUUCUCAAGUUGGAGGGGUUGGGCGUAAUCAUGAUGGUGGGACAAAAUGGAGGGCAGAUUGUGUGAAGAAUUAUGUUAAAGGGAGAACAGAUGAGAAUAAUGAGGUGCUUAAGCCAGUUUUUAAACCUAAUCGAGCUGCACUGCUUAUGUCCUCCAGAAUAUCUAGUAUAAGAUUGGGUCCAAAGUUCUCUUCUCACGCUGUCAAUGAUGGUCAUAUUGUUGGACGUGCAUUAUUUACUACAUUGGGAUCAGAGACAUCAGGUGGAACAGUUUAUACUCUUGAUCUUGUUGAACCAUUAAAUCUUGGACCAGGUAUACUGAACACAUGGAGCGGACUGGAGGAAAUUGCAUCUUUCAGGGGUACCAUUUGGACAUCAGAAUAUGAUUAUAAUAGACAUCGGGCUGUAAUUGGUACAAAUUUGGGAGCUGCUUCAGUGGAUCUGGAAACUGGGACAAUGUCAUGGUUUUUACACUGUAAAAGUGAUGUUUUUGCGCAACAGAUUGUUAAUUCGGGAAAUGUGAUUUUAUGUGGGCUAAGAAAUGGGGCAAUUGUCACUGUUGAUUCUCGUGAGAGAAGAGAAAGCCUUUCUGGUAGACUUAUUACCCAUCGGAUACCAUAUGCAUCUUCAGACAAGAAAGUUGUAGGUUCUAAUAAAGAAUGGUUCAAGCUCAAAGGAGACAUAUAUCCUUCUCAUACCAUUCGGAUGUCUUCAUCUAUUUCCUGUUUGGCAUCACUUCAGUUUGAUGAUCAGUACUUCUUGGCAAGCUCAAUGGAUGGAUCGAUGAAACUUUAUGAUCUUCGUCUACUUCAGAGGGGUGCUGUUCAAUGUUAUGAAGGGCAUGUGAAUUCUCAUACUCGUAUACAGAUGGGCGUUGAUCCAUCUGAGAGAUUUGUUAUGUCAGGUGGAAAUGAUUGCAAGCUAAGGUUAUGGAGUAUCAAGUCUGGUGAACUUCUUUUCGAGGACAAGUUCUCUGAUUCCAUUAUCUCCACCGUGUGCUAUAAAACAUAUGGACAUAGUUUUAAAGCAGAAGAGGAAAACCAAUACAAGUGCGACUCGUCUCAGGGUGCAUGGCUUGGAUCAUAUGAAGGACUGUUUUAUAUGUGCUGGUUAUGAGCUAUCCUAUGCUCACAUGAUCAAGUCUGGACAUAUCCUCAAAAGCUAGUGUCUAACGAACUAGUUGCAUACAAUACCUGAUAAAAACUGAGGUUAUUGCACAUAUCUAUAUAUACUCACAUUAAGGUAAUCAGAUAGCUUGUAGAUAUAUAUAUACUCACAUAGCAAAAUUCCCUGUUAAAGGCUCUUUUGGGGAUUAAAGCUGAUACUAGCAGUGGCACAUAGCAGAGAUGACCAAUACUUUGUAGAAUUAGUGCUGUUUUAGUAUUUACACACACAAGGAAAGAGGUUUAAAGCCAAAAAGAAAAAAGGAAAGCAUUGUGCUGGCUAUGGCUUUUAUGUGCCAAAAGUUUCUAUGUUGACGUUGUCCUUUUACUUUGAGAAUCAUCAUAUGCUGGACAGCCUUAGUCCUGCUAGUGACCAUUGUGGUACUGUUAAUUGGCUCGUAUCAUUAGCAGGGUUAUUUAGAAAAACUCUUGUAUAUUGUUCAACUAACAAGUUAGAUUCUUUGGUAUCCUUUUUCAGUGGGUUGAGAUAUGAAUUUCAUUUUACUUUAAUUUUUUUAGAUGCAUUGCAUGUCUAGAACAGAGAUAUCUUGCAAGGAGCUAUAGGCUCCAAUUCAUCGUUAUUCAGUUUUCUUACUGUUUCAUUAGUGAUCGUUAUGUAACAAGCUUGCAAUUGAGCUAUCUUAAUAGAAAGUUUACUCUC